AUGCCCAACCUGGCAACCCCCCUGUAUGCCGUGCCCUCCCUCAUUCAGCCGAUCUCCCUUGUGGGCUGCCACGGUCUUAACUUUUUCGUUGGUGCGGUCAAUGGGGGCAUUGCUCAAGUACUAUCUACGAGCUCUCCGCAUCGAAGAUCACAGACCUUGAGAAGCUUGUUCUUUGGCAUCUCCUUAUGGGUUGGGGUCAGUGUGGUACAGUACUCACUUCUGGAUGCUGGUCCCGGCCGCACGGCCACAGUAGCAGCUAUUGCUCCUGGGGGGUUAUUGCCGUCAGCCGUACUCACCUGUAAAAAUGGUACCAGGAGUCACUUUGGAGAGGCCCUGCCUUGCAAUGCGUCGUUGAAGGAACAGAUCGAGUGGACGCGUCGAGUGGUGGUCAAGAACAAUGCCAAGAUGGUUGUCUGGAGCGAGGCCUGGGUGGGAGCCUAUGAAAACCGAACUCAGCUCGAUGCGGCCGUGAACCACACCUUCGCUCCGCUAGCCAAAGAGUUGGGAAUUCUCCUGACCAUUGGGAUGCACACCAUGGACAGAUCCAACCUGGCAGUGACCAUCAGCCCUACAGGGGAGGUCUUGGGUUACUAUGGCAAGAUGAACCCAGUGCAAUUACUGGGCGAGCGAAACCCCACUCAAUAUGGGUACAGGGACUUUGAUAUUCACCCAGACUGGCUCGGGUACACAAAGUCCAAGGUGCGAGUCGGCCCUCUCAUAUGCUACGACAUGGACUUUCCCGAGUCUGUCGCCACUCUGAAGCGACGAGGCGUGGAAAUUGUCCUCAGUCCUUCUUCGGACUGGUCUGCCAUGAGGAAUCACAUCGCGGCCUACGUCUUCAGGGCAAUAGAGAAUCGCAUGCCCAUCGUAAAGGCUGAUACUGGCUGGGAUUCAGCCAUUGUUGAUGCUAGGGGGAAUGUUAUCGCCUCCUACACGAGCCAGGUGUCGCGCCGUCACAUUGUCGUGGGGACCGUGAAACUGGGCUCCGGCGACUCCACGGUGGCCGCCGUCUACGGUAACUUGGUGCCUCUAGUUUGCCUCUUAUUCUUAGUAUCAUGGAAGUUUGUGAUCGUUCGAAGUGAUGGCCACGUUAAACUGGCGUGAGCAGAGCUGACAGUUCGAG